AUGGAUUCCAUGGAUGCUAAAGAAAGGAGAAAACUCAGAAAGAUAAUUUUGAAUAGUGGUAAACAGUCUUCCAUGUCUACGUCAUCAAACAUUGAAGGUGAUAUCCCCAUUUCUCAAAUGCGAUUAAGAUCUUCAUCUAAUAGCAAAAAUGUUUGCUAUGAUAAUGAAAAUAUGGAUCCAAAUACAUAUCAAAUUAAAAGGUUUCUUAAAGACACCAUGCUAAAUCCAGAAGACAGGCCUGCUAUCUUUUGUCAUUUAUUUAAGAUCAAGCUUGAUGCACUUAUUAAAGAGUUGAAAGAUAGUGCAUUAUUCGGUAAAGUUCAGAAGCGUGGUUUGCCUCAUAGUCAUAUAUGUCUAUUUAUGCACUCUGAUUUCAAGCUAUCUACUGUUGAACAAAUUCAUCCUAUUAUCUCAGCUGAGAUCCCAAACAAAAACAAAGAUCCAGAUUUGUACUCACUUGUAAAAGAGUUCAUGAUCCAUGGACCUUGUGGUGAAGAGAACAUUAACUGUCCCUGCAUGAUUGAUAGAAAGUGUACAAAAAACUAUCCGAAAAUAUUUUCUGAACACACUUCCAUUGAUGUUAAUGGUUAUCCUUUAUAUCACAGACGAAAUGAUGAACGUUUUGUUGAAAAGUUAGGUGUUAAACUAGACAACAGAAAUGUUGUUCCAUAUAAUAAACAUCUCUUGAAAAGAUAUCAAGCAUACAUUAAUGUUGAGUGGUGCAAUCAGAAUUCUUCGAUCAAAUAUUUGUUCAAAUACAUCAACAAAGGUCCGGAUAAAGCUAUUGUUGCUGUUGUAGAAAGUAGUAAGGAUGAGGUUACUAUUAAUUAUGUUGAUGAAAUAAAGGAAUAUUAUAACUGUAGAUAUGUAUCUGCAUGUGAAGCUUCAUGGCCUAUUUUUGGGUACGAUGUUCAUUACAGGACUCCUUUUGUUUUGAGACUUCCUUUCCAUCUUCCUGGACAACAACAAGUCGUAUUUGGUGCUGAAGAUGAUAUUGAAAAUGUCAUAAACAAACCAUCUAUAGCGUCUUCAAUGUUCUUAGCUUGGAUGAAGUGUAAUGAAAUUUAUCAAGAAGCACGAAAACUCACUUACGUUGAAUUCCCUACAGAGUUUAUGUGGAAACUGGAAGAGCGACGUUGGGAUCGAAGGAAAAAGGGCUUCACAAUUGGAAGAAUUCAUUCAGUUUCUCCUACUCUAGGAGAAGCAUAUUUUUUAAAAAUUCUUUUGAAUAAAGUGAAAGGUUCUAAAUCAUUCGAAGACAUUUUUACAGUAAAUAAAAAUAUAUUUCCUACUUUAGGGAUGCAUGUUAUGCUCUUGGGCUCUUAUAUGAUGACAAAGAAUAUACUGAUGCCAUUCAAGAAGCAAGUUUAA